AUGGAGCCCGCGGCCCUCAAGAAGAAAGUAAUAGAAGAACUAGACCAGGGGCAUCUCUUCCCCCCAAACACCUCUCCUGAAAAUGAGGCACGUUUGCUCAAGCAGCUUGCGGCUGCCGACGCUUCCUACCCUGGGGGCCUGAGUGCAUACGUUUCGCGUUCUCGGCAAUUGCUACGCGAUGCCAAGGCAGGAGUGAAUCCGUUCCACGAGUACACCGUGUCUGUUCCUGAGGGGGAGCGCAUUCGACCUGGCACUGCAGCCUUCUUAGAGGCAGAGGAAGCGGGACUGAAGGAAAUAGCUCGCUGUGCUUUCGUGGUGGUUGCCGGUGGCUUGGGAGAGCGCUUGGGCUACUGCGGUAUUAAGCUCAGCCUCCCCACCAAUUCAUGCACAGGCACAACGUACAUCGAAUAUUACUGCAAGUUCGUUCAAGCGCUUCAGGAGUAUGCAUCGCAGGAGGCGCGAGAGAUCGUGCGGCUGCCGCUUGCCAUUAUGACCUCGGGUGACACACACGACCCCACAGUUGCGUUAUUCGAGGAAAGCCAGUAUUUUGGACUAGACAGAAACGAGGUGCAUUUCAUUCAACAGCAGAAAGUACCGGCAUUGUCAGAUAUGGACGCGCACUUAGCGACAACCGCCAAGGACCCCUAUACGCUCGAAAUGAAACCACACGGACAUGGAGACGUGCACUCUCUUUUAUUAAGAUCUGGUCUCUUGAAACGCUGGCAAGAAAAGGGAAUAAAAUGGAUUACUCUUCUGCAAGACACAAAUGCAAACGUAAUGAGGGUCCUCAUGGCUGUCGUUGGAGUGUCUGCAACAAAAGGACUUGCCAUGAACACAAUUGCCGUGCCCAGAAUGCCUGGAGAGGCGGUAGGAAGCAUUUGUCGGCUGGUCUCUGCUAACCGCGAGUUGACACUCAACGUAGAGUACAACGUCCUGGAUUCUCUCCUUAAGGCGAUGGGCCAGGGGGGUGACAAACCGGGACCCGAUGGUUAUUCUGAGCUGCCAGGGAAUACCAACGCCAUUGUCCUGUGCUUGGAGCCGUAUGCGAAUGCCUUGAAUGCCACUGGAGGUCUUGUUCCAGAGUUUAUUAAUCCAAAGUUUAAGGAUGCCUCGAAGACGUCCUUCAAAUCUCCCGCUCGCUUGGAGAGUAUGAUGCAGGAUCUACCUCUGCUGCUUUCUUCCGACGACAAAGUUGGCUUUGUGGAGUUCCCGCGAUGGUGCUGCUUCAGUCCCGUAAAAAACUCUCUUGAAGACGCCCGGAAUAAAGCAGAACAGGGCCUUCCCCCGGAAUCCUCUCUGAGUGGCGAGUCUGACCUCUACCUGCAAAACGCACGCUGGCUCCAGCUAGCCGUUAGCGGAUCGUGUGCUAGCGGCGACAGCAGCGUGGCAGACUCCAAGAUUGGUAGCGUUGUCGUCGACGAGCCAGGUCCCGUUACAUUUGGGGGAGUACGCUACCAAAUGGGUCCUAGGAUCAUUCUGUGUCCGUCUUGGGCUAUCUCCUUUCGGCAGAUGCGCGAAAGAUUGCAAGAAGCUGAUAUAGAGAUAACCAAGGACUCCGUCUUGAUUGUCUCGGGAGAUGUGAAGAUUCGCAGACUCAAACUGAACGGCGCAUUGGUGCUGAAGGCAUCGUCUGGGUCAUCACUAAUCGUGGAUCACUUGGCAGUGCACAACGAGGGAUGGCGCUUUGAGUCCACUGAAGACCAUGAAUUAGCUACUGCCGCGUCAGCACUACGCGGAUUUGUAGUUAGGAAGGUGGCCACUAAGGAGCUUCAGGUUACCGAUGGAACUAAAACAAUUAGGGAAUAA